AUGUUCGCGAGACGUAGAAUUUGUGUGAAAUACUCCUGCGCUGCUGCCUUCAACAUCACACAAGGCAAAACAGAACUUUCGCACAGUUGUAUCCUUGUGAGGUGUUUCCUUGAAAGGGAUCAUCCCAAGAUGAUCACCGAAACACUGGUAGGGACUUGA